GGAAUCCUCAAUACCAAUUGGCUAGUCUCUAUCAGCUGCAGUUGAGCUCAAGCUGCUGCUGAAGAGCAGUAUUGAUCUGAAGGGUAAAUGUGUAGGGAACCACAGAGAAGGAUUCAGUCGUUUCUGAGAAGGGAGCCAACCCCUUCCAGUAAGAAAGUGGUUUCUACCUGUCUUUCCUGCCUGUGAGACCCUUUGUGAAUGAAGGGGAACACGGGAAAGGGCAGUUUGUUGCUACAGUGAUUCAGAGAAAGAGGUAUUGCUGCUGUGCAUGCUGCUGCUGCUGAUCUUGCUGGUGCUGCUGCAGCUUCAUGUAGCAGAUCUGAAAGCCAGAUGGUUACAUUGCAGAAGUCAUAAGCAGUUAAUUGCUGAAUUGAUUUGAGUGCUCCAGAACAUAUCAGCAUGCAGACCGAAGGCUUCCAUCUCGACUGAUCAAACUAGUUACCUGAUGUUGCUCUUUGACUGUAGUGACCCAAUCAGUUGAGCCCUGUGGUGAAUGAGGCCAGCUAAGGUCUGAACUUCACUUCUGUAAGAUCUUGGAAGAUGUGGUGUCAUAUUCACAGACAGUGAAGAGUUCAACAUCAACGAAAAAAAGGCAGAGCAGUAUGCAGCUUCCCAGAGGGUGUUGAUUGAAACUUAGAUUACCCCCAAAUCACUGUUGAUUUGACUGAUGCUCCAGCUUUACCAGAGAAAAGAUUUCAAUUAAGGUCCCUUUAGAUGGAAUUUAAUGUGGCAAAAACCUUGUCAUCAGAAGGAUUAAUGCCUGCAUUAGCAUUUCCGCAAUAAAAUCAGAAGCUAAGUGGUGGAGGCCACAGACACCUCAAACUUGGAUUCCUCUGCUCUGCAUUAAGUGCUGGAGUUUUAUUACUUGCUGUAGGGAAGCCGUUGCCAAUGCUUACAAGGAACUGCUUAUCCCUGCUUCUCUGGGUCCUGUUUGAUGGAGGUCUCCUAACGCCACUGCAUCCACAACCACAACAGACUUUAGAAGCAGAGCCAACAGAGAAUGUUGUCCCAGUGCCAGGGAGGAGGUCAUCUGCCCAGCGAGUCAAACGUGGCUGGGUGUGGAAUCAAUUUUUUGUGCUGGAGGAGUACAUGGGCUCUGAACCUCAGUAUGUGGGAAAGCUUCAUUCUGACUUGGACAAGGGAGUGGGCACUGUUAAAUAUACCCUGUCAGGAGAUGGUGCCGGCACGGUUUUUACCAUUGAUGAGACCACAGGAGACAUUCAUGCCAUAAGGAGCCUAGAUCGAGAAGAAAAACCUUUCUACACGCUCCGGGCUCAGGCUGUGGAUGUUGACACCAAGAAACCACUAGAGCCUGAAUCAGAGUUCAUCAUCAAAGUGCAGGACAUUAAUGAUAAUGAGCCAAAGUUCCUCGAUGGGCCUUAUGUUGCCAGUGUCCCAGAAAUGUCUCCAGUGGGUGCAUAUGUGCUUCAAGUAAAGGCUACAGAUGCUGAUGAUCCCACUUAUGGAAACAGUGCUAGAGUGGUGUACAGCAUUCUUCAGGGGCAACCGUAUUUCUCCAUUGAUCCGAAGACAGGUAUAAUAAGAACAGCUUUGCCAAAUAUGGACAGAGAAGUGAAAGAACAAUAUCAAGUUCUAAUCCAAGCCAAGGACAUGGGAGGACAGCUGGGAGGACUAGCUGGUACUACCACUGUAAACAUUACUCUCACGGAUGUCAAUGACAACCCACCCAGAUUUCCUAAGAGUAUCUUCCAUUUAAAAGUACCUGAGUCCUCUCACGUUGGUUCUGCUAUUGGAAGGAUCAGAGCUGUGGAUCCUGAUUUUGGGAAAAAUGCAGAAAUUGAGUACAACAUAGUUCCAGGAGAUGGAGGGAACUUGUUUGACAUCACAACAGAUGAGAACACCCAGGAAGGAGUCAUCAAAUUGAAAAAGCCAUUAGACUUUGAAACAAAAAAGGCAUACACCUUUAAAGUCGAGGCCUCCAAUCUCCAUCUAGACCAUCGAUUUCACUCAGUGGGUCCAUUCAAAGAUACUGCCACUGUGAAGAUAAAUGUGUUGGACAUGGAUGAACCUCCAGUUUUCAGCAAGCCUGUGUACACAAUGGAGGUUUAUGAGGAUACGCCUGUGGGGACCAUUAUAGGUGCAGUGACAGCACAAGACCUCGAUGCUGGCAGCAGCUCAGUUAGAUAUUUCAUCGAUUGGAAGAAUGAUGUGGACAGCUACUUUACAAUAGAUGCCACUGAAGGAACCAUUGCUACUAAUGAAUUACUGGACAGAGAAAGCACAGCACAGUACAAUUUCUCUAUAAUUGCAAGUAAAGUUAGUAACCCACUAUUAACCAGCAAAGUCAACGUUAUAAUAAAUGUCCUGGAUGUCAACGAGUUUCCUCCUGAAAUUUCAGUUCCAUAUGAGACAUCUGUGUGUGAAAAUGCCAAACCAGGACAGGUGAUACAGACUGUCACUGCAGCAGACAAAGAUUUGUCACCAGCUGGGCAAAGGUUUUCCUUCAGACUGUCAGCUGAGGCUUCCAACAAACCGAAUUUCACAGUCCAUGACUACAGAAACAACACUGCUGGGAUUGAAACCAGGAGAAAUGGUUACAGCAGAAGACAACAAGAGCUGUAUUUUCUUCCAGUAGUAAUAGAAGAUAGCAGUUACCCUGUCCAGAGCAGCACAAACACAAUGACUAUCCGUGUUUGCAGAUGUGAUUCUGAUGGUACCAUCCUGUCCUGCAACGUGGAAGCAAUCUUCUUACCAGUUGGCCUCAGCACAGGAGCGCUGAUUGCAAUCUUAUUGUGUAUUGUUAUACUGCUAGUGUGUGUCCAUUGCCUCUUCUCCUGUUGCUGGGCACCACUCAAGAAGACUUGGCCCCAUCUUCUUUACUUCCAUCCAUCAGUCAUUGUGGUACUGUAUGUAGCACUACGGAGGCAGAAGAAAAAGGACACCCUAAUGACCUCUAAAGAAGACAUCAGAGAUAAUGUUAUCCAUUAUGAUGAUGAAGGAGGUGGAGAAGAGGACACCCAGGCUUUCGACAUAGGUGCCCUGAGGAAUCCCAAAGUAAUUGAAGAUAACAAAAUACGCAGGGACAUAAAACCAGACACCUUGCGUUUUCCACGUCAAAGACCACCAGUGGAAGAUAACACAGACAUAAGAGAUUUCAUUAAUCAAAGGCUGGAGGAAAAUGAUGUAGAUCCGACUGCACCCCCUUAUGACUCCUUGGCAACCUAUGCUUAUGAAGGAAAUGGAUCUGUUGCAGAGUCUCUCAGCUCUAUAGACUCCCUUACUACAGAGGCAGAUCAGGAUUACGACUAUCUGAGUGACUGGGGACCUCGCUUUAAGAUCUUGGCAGACAUGUUUGGAGAAGAAGAAAGUUAUAACCCUGAUAAAGUCACUUAGGUACAACUACAACAGUGAAAUACAAAGAAAAGUAAACCAACAACAAAUUUAAAGAUAAACCUAAGCUUUAUAAUAGGACAGGAUUCCUUUGAUUAUAAAAGACAGCAACAGUUUCCAGCAAGUUACUACAUUUAUCAUACUGUCAGUUUUGGUUUGAUCUGCGAAGGAAAGAUAGAUCCUGUAAUAUACGCAGUUUUUUGUUGUUGUUAUUUUGUUACUCUGGAAUUACACUGAGACAAGCUCAGGCCUACAAGGUACGGUUUACUGACCUGACUUAGAAAGAAGAUAGCUUUCUGGCAUCACGGUGGAAGUGUGGUAGCUUUUUCGUAAUUCCACUAAAGUGCCUAUUGAAACUUUUAUCAUUUAAGUGGCAAAGAGUCUGCCGUGAUGGUGUUACAAAACUGAAUGGUAAAUUGGACAAGAACUUUAAGACAAGAAGCAACAGCAACAUGCUGACUUCUUUUAGAAUAAAAAUGGAGAUCACUUCCUGGAGUGUAUCUAAUGACUGCAACUAAGGGGGGGAUGUAUGUUGUGUUUGGGGGUUAUGUUUGUUUUUUUUUAAAGAAAACAGUAUGUCAAGAUGUCAUAUUUCUUCUUCCAAAAUUUCACUGAAAAUUUAAAUUUAAAAUGUUAUUGCUCACUAUGAAAAUGUAAAGCCCAAAUUAAAAAGGAAAAGAUCUUAGCAUACAUCAAUGAAUAUUUAAAAUGUUCAUGCAAAUAUUACAUUUUUCUAGAACAAUAAAAAGAUGAAAGCAGCUUUUCCUUUAUGUGAAGGAAAUUUUCCUUGGCUCUCCCUCUUCUUUUAAAAUGAGACUAUUAUUAAAACAUAACAUGGAGAGGA